AUGGCAUCGGCGAGUGUUGCAGCAGAAGCGGCGACCAUGAACGCGGACUUCUCCAAAUCGGAGAAUAAGGGACUCCAAAUGGGCCAGAAUCUCGGCACCAUUGAGGCAUCGUUUUAUAGCGAUUCCAUACAGGGGGUCACGAUUGCAGCCGGUGCCUCUGUGUAUAUGGGGGAGAAAAAGACGGUCGAGGAUAAAAUUCUCGAUGCAUUGAUUGCGGGUGAUGCCAAAGAUCGACGGGACAUCCGCCGCGCCGAGCCCGGGACCUGCGAAUGGGUUUUCGAGAGUGCGCCCUUCCGUGACUGGAUCCAGGCGGACGAUCCAAAGAAUACGCCGCUGUAUAUCCAGGGUACACCUGGGAGUGGGAAAAGUGUCUUGUUGAUGUUUCUGGCCAGAGAGCUAGAGAAACGGAUGCGUCUGGGUACACCAUCACUGUCAUCUCCAACAUCACCCAUGAGCGAAAAGCAACUCUCUAUUGAAAAGCCACUCUCGAUUGAACUUGGCAUUCCAGGGAAGACCUUAGCGGCUGCAUGCUUCUGUGAUGACAAGGUGGAACAGCGACGGACGCCCAUUGGGAUUUUCAGAACGCUUUUGUACAAGACGUUUCUACAAAAUCGGACCUUGGUCAAGUACGCACAGAAGCAUCUGCAAAAUAUCGAAGAACUGGACACAAUGACGUCCGAUCCGGACGAGUUUCAGUCUCUCGAUGUUCUGCAGAAGAUCCUUGAAGAAGUUGGCUCAGACCCGGACGUGGAGAUCACCUACUUUAUCAUCGAUGGCUUAGAUCAGUGCGGGCCUCAUUUGCCCGCCGUUCUUCGCUUGAUCACCGAUCUUUCCGACAAGGUAAACGCCAGAUCCCGCGAACAAGGCCAAAACUUCCGCUUGCGCUGCAUCAUUUCGGAUAGAGGCAGCCAAAUUGUCAGCGAGAGAAUGCUUCCAGGGUAUACCAUUGAUUUAUCCAAGGACAACGAGAGUGACAUUAAUGCGUUCACCAACAAGCGAGUGACAAGUAUUCAGGAGUACCGCCGAUUCCCUGAAAAUAUCCACAAAUUCACAACAAGCCUGUUAAAGGAAAAUUGCAAGGGCAUGUUCAUGUGGCUGUCGCUCGUCCUGGAUGAUCUCGGUACCUGGGAUGGUUCCUGGACAGAGACAAAGGUAAAGGAGAGGCUGCAUAGCGUCCCACCAGAUGUCGAAGCCUUUUACAAAGCAAUGUUGGAACGGCAGUCACGAGAAUCAGCUAGUAGAUUACAGACACUGCUGAUGUGGGUAUAUUUUGCAGACCGACCCUUGACGCUCCAAGAAUUGGAUGUCGUUUUGACCCUGCAGGAGGGGAAAGGGCAGGUCGGAGGGUUAAGCUCAAAGGAGGAUGUCGAGGCACUGCGGAGCCAGCUUGUGAACAACUGGGGUGCCCUGUUUGUUGUGCACCAAGAUACGGUCCAUCUGGCCCAUCAGUCAGUCAAGGACUUCCUGUCGAAUAUCUUCAGUACCGAAGGAGAGUCAGAAUACCCCCGAUAUGGGAUGGCCAUUCCACAGGCUCACCGACGAGUUGCGUCCAUCUGCUUGGCCUACCUUAUGCUCGAGGAAGUUCAAAAACGCGAAGUGCCCAAGCCCCCAGUCAAUGAUAACGGGCUGAUUGAACAGAGUCAACUCAUGGCAGUGAGGCAACAAUACCUGGAGGGAUUCAGUUUUCUCCAGUACUCGGUCGAGUCCCUGGGCCAUCACCUCCGAGAAAGUCAAAUACAGGAGGAAGUAGAUGUGAAAGGCAUGGAAGAGUUCUUCGCCGCAGAUUCGGCCGCUUUGCUCACCUGGGUGAAGUCAUAUGAUCUCUUGAAGCGGUGGACAUCCGAUUCCGGCUUUUCUAGUAGUACCAGCUUGCUAUUCGUCGCAGCAAGACUGAAUCUUCCCUGGCUGGCCGACAAGGCCACCACUUGGGGCAAAUCUAUCACUUCGCUACCAUCUGCUAUCUGUGCACCAGAUAUGUCCGGCUGGAGCGCCAUCCACAUCGCCGCUGAUUCGGAGGCAGUCAACAUGGUUGCAUGGCUCUUGAAGAACGGUGCCAUGGUGGAUGCCGAGACCGUUGGCAUUUCUCAUCCAGGCCGCACAGCCUUGCAUUUUGCCGCGUCUAAACGGCCCAAUGCCGGCCUCCGAAUGGUCAAGGAGCUCCUCAAUGGACGUGCCAAGGCCACCGCACAGACACGGCAAGGAGGGAACACACCACUUCACUAUGCUGUCGGAGGCCGCUCCACGGAAACCGUGAAAGCCCUCCUGGAGAAAGGAGCCGAUCCGAAUGUCACUAAUGGGUCUGGGGUCUCGCCUCUGCAUAAAGCAGCCGCCAUUCCUGGUCUGGAGGAGCUAGUAGAAGCAAUGAUUAAAGGGGGAGCGGACCCCAAUAAGAAGACCAGCGUGGGCACUGUAUCCGCAGUGAGGGGCUUGGUAAGUCUGAAGGCUUCCAGGGACCUGAUGCAGACUUAUUACGCGGUCAACAACGCCCAGACCGCGCUGCACAUUGCGACGAAGGCGAAAGAUGCCGAGCACACACUUGAUGUUUUGCUGAAAGGCGGCGCAGACGUGAACAGUAAAGAUAGCGCUGGGAGAACAUCCCUGCAUCUAGCGAUGGUCAAAAUGGACCCUGAAGCGGUCAUGAAGCAGCUGGUAGGGGCAGGUGCCGAUGUAAACGCGCGAGAUGUGGAUGGCAAGACACCUCUCCUGGUUCUUUUGACCGCAAUUGCCUUACAGGUCGAAAAUCAGCCACAACUCUUGUCGGAGCCUGAGGUCCAGGAGUCUCGCAAACGGCUGAUCGAUAUCUUGAUGUCGGCGGGUGCGGACCCAUCUGCGGAAGCGAAGGACAAACAGACCCCUAUCAGCUGUGCAAGGCAAGCGAAGUUGCAGUGGGCGGUGGAAAGAUUGACUCCCAACUCAACGGAUGAGAAACGCGACAUCAAGGAGAGUCGGUCCGAUGAAAAGCCCGCCAUCCCGCCAAAGGAUACUGUACAGCCGGAAUCUGCUAAGAAAGGGUUCCUGGAAUCCCAGGCGUCCAAAUGGAUACCGAAGAGGCCCAAGUGGUAA